UCCGGAUAUUCUAUACCACCCAAUGGGAGAAUCCCUUCACCUCCAAUUCCCAAACCCAAAGUUAACCUCGAAGGCUUUUCUAAAUUUUACACACGAUUCUUUAAAAAAUUUUCUACUCCAAAACAAAAUUAUUUUUAUAUAUAAAAAUCAUUGUAAUGGCAGCAUCGUCGAUCGAUUCACUUUUGUCGCCGUCGUCGUCGUUGUUGUGUUUGGUUUCUUUUUCGAUUCAGUUUUGUUUUGCCGAUCGUUUUUUAAUUUCAAAGCCGUCUCAUUCUCAGAUUCGUAGUCAACCUUGUACCUGAUUCUGACAUAAAAACUAACGCAAAAGUCAUAACCUACAUGGGAAAACGUAAAACUCAGCGUAAGAAUGCGGUGAUGUUAGAUAGUGAUGAUGAUAAUAGUAGUGUAAAUUCAUCGUCGACCUUGCGAUCUGACGGAAUGUUGGUUUCUUGUACUGAAGAAGUUGAGUAUAAUAAGGAUACUUUACUUGAUGAAGCUGUUGAUGCUUUAUUCGAAAAGAGGGGUUCUACACGAGAGAAGGCGUUGGCAGUGAUUAUCGAUGCUUUCAAUAGCAACUUGCCCCAUCAAUUUGUGGAGACGAAAUUUGCUACAUUACUCCAUCGGUGUCUGAAUUGUAUCAAGAAGGGGUCCAGCAAAGAGAUAUCCUUAGCAUCCCGUACUAUUGGUUUGUUGGCGUUAACUGUUGGUCCAGGAGAUAAUGCACAGGAAAUAUUGGAAGAAUCAAUCUCUCCUCUUUCGCUGGCUUUUAAAUCUGGUUCUGAAUCUUCUAAGACAGCUUCAUUACUGGACUGUUUGGCUGUCAUCACUUUUGUUGGGGGGAAUGAUCAAGAUGAAACAGAAAAAUCAAUGCAAAUUAUGUGGCAAUUGGUUCAGACUAAACUAGGUUCUAAUAUAAUCACUGUCAAACCUUCUGCUGCAGUAAUAACAGCAGUUGUUUCUGCCUGGUCAUUUCUUUUGACAACCAUGGAUGUUUGGAGACUCAGUCCCAAACUUUGGCUAGAGUACAUUACAUAUUUGUCUAGUUUGCUAGGUAAGGAUGACCGAUCUGUGCGGAUUGCUGCUGGUGAGGCACUUGCACUAAUUUUUGAGAUGGGAAGCUUAGAGAAGUUUGCAGCUGAAGCUAGGAGUUUCAGUGAUGGCUUGAUUUCACAAGGAAAUAAAUCUAAAGAAGGAUUCUCACAUAAACUAGGAUUGAAGGGAAAAAUUUUGAAUCAAGUCAGAGACCUCUCUGCAGAAGCUGGUGGUAAAGGUUCUGCCAAGAAAGAUCUUAAUAACCAGAGGAACUUGUUUAAGGAUGUUUUGGAGUUCCUUGAGUAUGGUUAUUCUCCCGAGACAUCAAUGAAUAUUGGUGGGAAUUCACUACAGACAUCAACAUGGUCUCAGUUGAUUCAGUUGAACUUUUUGAAGCGCUUUCUUGGUGGAGGUUUCACAAAACACAUACUGGACAAUGGGUUCCUUCAAGAUGUUUUUGGGUUCACUCCAAAAAGAAGGAAUCUUCUAGGCAGUGAACAUAUAUCCAACAGUGAAAAAAGAAUGUACAAAUCACCAAAUUCAGCCCUCAACAAAGCAAGAACCCUGCUAUUGAACAAGCAGCGGAUGCUAUCUGAGGUUAGAAACAUUGGGCAAUUUGCUGUCAAUGUAGGCGAUGAAUAUUAGUAAACUUCUGCAGGGCAGGAACCGAUAAUUGUCUUGCUGCCUUUUUUUUUUUAUUAUUUAUCAUAAAGUCAAUUUAUUGAAAUCCAAAACUCUACUACUGAUAAACUAGGAACCAUUUUGGUUAUAUAGGGGAUUGCUAUAUAUACAGAUAAACUUAAUUCUAGUUGUACUUGUGUAACGGUGAUAGUAAUCUCUGUGCUUAUUUAAGGCAUCAAUGAGAAGUUUCUUCCACAUGUUGAUAUCA